UCCAGUGUCGGUUUGCUCGGCAACAAGAUGACCAUGUUCUGUGUAGACGUUACAAAUGCGCAUAAGGUUGAAGGCGCUGGCGGUGGCAACCCCUCCGAAGGCGAAGUCAUUGAAGUAAUUGACUGGCCACUAAGCGAACUCGACAAACUUCUACUCCAAGGCAGCUAUCUAGACCCCUCGACUGAAUCACCUGAAAUUCCGGAGACGGUAGCAUCCUUGCUUUUCGCUGUCAUGUGGUACAAGCAGAACGUCUUAGGCAGGAAAUUUCAUCAAGAGGGCCCAUCUUGA